AUGAAGGCCAACCAGAGCACAGAGGAGAGCUUCUUCCUGCUGGGUUUCUCCGACUGGCCGUCCCUGCAGCCAGUCCUCUUCGCCCUUGCCCUUCUCUGCUACCUGCUGACCCUGGCAGGGAACUCGGCGAUCGUGCUGCUGGCGGUGCGCGACCUGCACUUGCACACGCCCAUGUACUACUUCCUCUGCCACCUGGCCCUGGUGGACGCGGGCUUCACCACGAGCGUGGUGCCGCCGCUGCUGGCCAACCUGCGGGGCCGGGCGCGCCGCCUGCCGCGCGGCGGCUGCAUGGCCCAGCUGUGCGCGUCUCUGGCGCUGGGCUCCGCCGAGUGCGUCCUCCUGGCGGUGAUGGCGCUGGACCGCGCGGCCGCCGUGUGCCGCCCGCUGCGCUACACGGGGCUCGCCUCGCCGCGCCUCUGUCGCUCGCUGGCCGCCGCCUCCUGGCUCGGCGGCCUCGCCAACUCCGCGGCGCAAACGGCGCUCCUGGCCGCACGGCCGCUGUGCGCGCCCCGACAGCUGGACCACUUCAUCUGCGAGCUUCCCGCGCUGCUCAAGCUGGCCUGCGGUGGCGGCGGGGACGCCACUGAGCGCCAGAUGUUCGCCGCCCGCGUGGUCAUCCUGCUGCUGCCGUCCGCCGUCAUCUUGGCCUCAUAUGGCUCCGUGGCCGGCGCUGUGUGGGACAUGCGGUCCUGCGGAGGCCGCAGGAAGGCGGUGGGCACAUGUGGGUCCCACUUGACUGCUGUCUGCCUGUUCUACGGCUCGGCCAUCUACACCUACCUACAACCCACUCGCAGCUACAACCAGGGGCGGGGCAAGUUCGUCUCGCUCUUCUACACCGUGGUCACACCCGCCCUCAACCCUCUCAUCUACACCCUGAGGAAUAAGGAGGUGAAGGGGGCAGCGAGGAGGCUCCUGGGAAGUCUGGAGAGAAGGCAGACUGGACAGUGAGUGCGGGGAAGGAAGAAACUGUCAGCCCAGGAUCCAAGGAUGGAAGUGCUGUUAGAGAGUCAGUUUUGCUUCGAGCUGUUCAUUUCUAUAAGAGAAUCUGCAAGAUUUGUCCUCAGGGAGUCGAUGGUUAAUGGGGGAGAUUAACCCUUCCCUUCCCGUCUCCAGGAAGUGUUCAGAUUCGUGAGGGAAAAUCUGUAUAUCCUCUAUACAUAUAAGUUUAGAGAGGGGGAAAUAGCCUUCUGGCUUUUCUCCCAAGCUGAAGACAGGAGAAGGUUUGAUUUGGGGGGACCUCCACAUCCUCAGGGGACACAGUAAGCAACCCUCAGGGUUCUGUAUGCAGGUGAGAUGAUGUGUGACAUAAUGGUUACCUUUAUUAGCUUUGUCCCAUCUGAUGGGAGGGGCAUGGUUAUCAGGGGUCUCUCAGUUUGACAAGGAAAUCAUAGACCGUACCCUGUAGGAGACUCCAACCAGAAAAAAAGAGCCAUGGUCUCUUUUCUCAGAGAAACAAUACAAUCUGAGACAUAAUUCUGACCCCACCAGGUGACCAGUGCCCACCACAGGACACCUGUCCCAUAAGCACGAUGAGGAACUAAGUGUGGUGAGUUGUGCUGGGUGGUCAGGUUGGGAAACCCUCCUGUAGGAAUUGGUUUUGAGCAAGUUUUAAAGAAGAGAAGGGACUAGGACUGGCAAGGAAGAAGGCAGGCAUGUCUCAGGUUGUGAGAAAACAAGCAAGUGAUGAGCAGCAAGCAGGACAUGAGAUGGGGCCAUGAGAGAGGGGAGUACACGGAGGGAGUAGGAGGGAGGAAGGUACUCAAAUUCCCAAGAGAGAAGCAGGGACCUGGAGGUGAAGGAAGCAGAGAAGAAAAGCCUCCAUCAGCAGAACUUGGACAGAGUGCUGGGGCCAGCCCAGGGGUCAGCCGUUUACCCCCCACCCAGACUGACACCCUGGCCUAGAGAAGACCUGCCAUACCCUAGGGCAGGCAGGACAGAGGCUGGUCCACAGAAAGUCCAUUCCCUCCUGCAGCACUUCUGCCCCCAAGGAGCCCCCUUGAGAGGAACAAACUCUAGACCCCCAUAGAAAAUAACUGCCAUGCCCACCACCAUCCCCAGAAAUAAGAACAAUUUUAACUGGGUGUGAGACAUACAGAGUAGGCAGGGGAGCAGUGCCAGAUUUCAUUUCAUACCAAACAGCCUUAAGUAAGGAGACAGAAAUUAGUUUAAUUGAAUUUCUAAUUUUUUUUUUGCAUUAGGUUGUGAUCAAGUCAAAUUAAUUAUUCCACUUCAUAAUAAAUAAUUUCACUGUUCUCUAUCAGUGGAAAUUCAGUUCGGUUUAACAAUUAUUGAUAUUAUUUACGAAGCACUGGGCUAAACACAAAUGGAAAACAGAAAUUAGAAAAGUAGGGAUCCCAACCUAAAACUUACUACCUUGUCUGAUAGGAAAGGAAAUUGGAGUUUUUCUAUGAAUCAGAGGGAACCAGAAAGAAUUCAAUUGCAAGCUGCCUUUGAAUGCUGUCUCUCAUGUGCCUUAGUAAUUUAUUUUCUAUUUUCAGUAACACCUUACACACUAUCCUGUCUCUUAAUUACAUUAGAAUCAAAGAAUCAUAACAUUGGAAAAGUAUUCUGCAAUCUUCUUCCCUCCACUUCACCCAAAUGUUAUAUUUAUC